GUUCAUCCUCUGCAUAAUGACUGACAGGAGAGCAGGAGACAGAAGACCUCUCUGAUCAUCACCCCACUGUUUGGGACUUCUUGGCAGGAGCUGACAGGAUGAAGCUCUAUGCAGCCCUUCGAUGGACAGUUAAGGUGUUUGUUUUGUGUCUUGUGCUGGGAACGGCAGUUCUGUUAAAUCCAGAGGAUCCCAAUGUCUGCAGUCACUGGGAAAGCUAUGCUGUGACUGUACAGGAGUCGUAUGCUCAUCCUUUCGAUCAGAUAUAUUACACACGAUGUACGGACAUCCUGAACUGGUUCAAGUGUACAAGACACAGAAUAAGCUACAAGACUGCGUACAGGAGGGGCUUGAGGACUAUGUAUAGGAGAAGGUCUCAAUGCUGCCCAGGAUACUAUGAAAGUGGAGACUUCUGUGUCCCACUAUGCACAGAAGAGUGUGUUCAUGGCCGCUGUGUUUCUCCUGAUACUUGUCAUUGUGAACCUGGCUGGGGAGGUGCAGACUGCUCGAGUGGCUGCGACAGUGAGCACUGGGGCCCUCACUGCAGUAAUCGCUGCCAGUGUCAAAAUGAAGCGCUCUGUAAUCCUAUAACUGGUGCUUGUGUGUGCUCAGAGGGUUACAGAGGGUGGCGUUGUGAGGACCUAUGUGACCCUGGCGCCUAUGGAAAAGCCUGCCAACUUAGGUGCCAAUGCCAGAAUGGAGCAACAUGUAACCACAGGACCGGCGAGUGCCACUGUGCUCCAGGAUACACAGGAGCUUUCUGUGAAGAGCUUUGCCCUCCAGGCAGCCAUGGGGCGUUAUGUGAGCUGCGCUGUCCUUGCCAGAAUGGCGGAGUAUGUCACCAUGUGACCGGAGAGUGUGCAUGUCCUGCAGGAUGGACGGGCUCUGUCUGUGCUCAGCCAUGCCCGUCUGGGAAAUAUGGGAUGAACUGCAGCCAUGAGUGCCAGUGCCACAAUGGUGGACAGUGCGAUCCAGUGACUGGAAGGUGUCAGUGUGCCGCGGGAUACACAGGAGAGAGAUGCCAGGAGGAGUGUCCUGUUGGUACAUAUGGGUUCCAGUGUGCGGAGAGGUGCGACUGUCAAAAUGGGGCUAAGUGUUACCACAUUAACGGAGCCUGUCUGUGUGAACCUGGCUUUAAGGGCAUCUUCUGUGAGGACCGCGUGUGUCCCGAGGGGCUGUACGGUCUGAAGUGUAAUAAGAACUGCCCCUGUAACCUCACCAACACUCGUGGCUGCCACCCUCUGUCUGGGGAAUGCACCUGCAGUGCAGGAUGGAGCGGCCUGUAUUGUGAGGAACCUUGCCGGCCAGGCUAUUACGGAGAGGGUUGCCAGCAGCUGUGCUCUUGUCACAAUGGGGCAGACUGUGACAGUAUGACAGGGAGGUGCCUGUGCGCACCUGGGUUCACGGGAUCAGACUGCUCAGCACCGUGCCCAUCAGGAACAUUUGGUGCGAAUUGCUUGUCUCAGUGUAACUGCAAAAAUUCGGCAAUUUGCUCCCCUGUAGAUGGCUCCUGUAUGUGCAGAGAAGGUUGGCAGGGGAUAGACUGUUCCUUUCCAUGCUCUAGUGGUACCUGGGGACUGAACUGCAAUCAAACCUGUAACUGUCUGAAUGGUGCCUCUUGUAGCCCCGUGGAUGGGAGCUGCAUAUGUGCCUCUGGCUGGAUGGGAGAUAUUUGUGAUCAGCCAUGCCCGGAUGGAAUGUACGGCCUGGACUGUGCUGAACAAUGUGAUUGCAGCCACGCAGAGGGAUGUGACCCUGUCACUGGUCACUGUCACUGUCUGGCAGGGUGGACAGGUGUUCACUGUGACAAUGUGUGUGCACAGGGGCGUUGGGGACCGAACUGCUCUAUGUCAUGCCACUGCGAGAAUGGAGGUUCCUGCUCACCUGAAGAUGGGAGCUGCGAGUGUGCCCCUGGCUAUCGGGGAGCUUUGUGCCAAAGAAUUUGCUCUCCUGGAUUCUUUGGGCAUCACUGCAGCCAGAUAUGCCCACAAUGCGUACACUGCAAUGGGCCAUGCCACCAUGUCUCUGGCCACUGCGAUUGUUUACCAGGAUUUUAUGGACCCCUUUGUAACCAGGUUUGUCCCAGUGGAAGGUUUGGAAGGAGCUGCACUGAGAUCUGCACAUGUAGUAACAAUGCUACCUGUAACCCAAUAGAUGGGUCAUGCCAGUGCUACCCAGGCUGGAUUGGCACAGAUUGCUCUGACGAAUGUCCUCCAGGCCUCUGGGGUCCGGACUGCAUCCACACUUGUAACUGCCAUAAUGAUGCAGAAUGCAGCUCAUAUGACGGAGAGUGUAAAUGCACAGCUGGCUGGACAGGGCUGUUUUGCACACAGAGAUGCCCAUCUGCCUUUUAUGGAAAGGAUUGUGCCAAUGUCUGCCUCUGCCACAAUGGAGCGGACUGUGACCAUAUCACUGGGCAGUGUACAUGUAGAACUGGAUUCACAGGAAAGCACUGCGAGCAAAAGUGCCCACCAGGGACAUUUGGAUAUGGCUGCCGUCAGCUUUGCGAGUGUUUGAACAAUGCGACCUGUGACCAUGUAACUGGGACCUGUUAUUGUAACCCCGGAUUCAAGGGCAUUCGUUGUGACCAGGCUGCCCUAAUGAUGGAGGAAUUAAAUCCUUACACCAAAAUAAGUCCAGCACAUGGGUCCGAGAGGCAUUCAGCUGGAGCAAUCAUCGGUGUCAUUAUCUUAUUGCUGAUAAUUAUGACUCUACUAGGACUCUUCCUGUGGUACCGGCAGAGGCAGAAGGACAAGGAUCAUGAUAUGCCCAAUGUAUCCUACACACCAGCCAUGCGAAUUACAAGUACAGACUAUUCUCUGUCAGGUGCCUGUGCGAUGGAAAGACGUCAGAACACAUACAUAAUGGAAAAUGGCUUCAAAGAUUGUGUGAAAGAGUCAGGGUGCAGCUCCAGCACCUGCUCACUAAGCAGCAGUGAGAACCCUUAUGCAACCAUUACAGACCCCCCUGUGCAGUCCUACAAACACUCAGAGAACAGCUACGUGGAAAUGACAUCACCUGUCCAUAAAGACGCCCCAUAUUCAGAUAUACCACCCUCAUCCAAAGCUAAUAAAAAUGUAUAUGACGUGGAACCCAGUCUCACCCUGCUUCAAGAUGCCCAACAUCAGAUCCCCAACUAUAUGCAGAACCCCUACGAUUUGCCAAGGAACAGCCACAUACCCAGCCACUACGACCUUCUUCCUGUCAGGCUUAGUCCCUCACAUGGGACUUUCUGGGAAAAGCAGAUGGACAAGCAGUCAUAGAGAAGCAAAGUGCUGUGAUGGAGAACUCUUUCAUUCUGCAAUACAGCCGUUCUGUGGGGGUCCGGCACCACCAGAUGCAUGCAUGAUGUCAUUAGGAGAUUUCUUUUUAUACCAAUAGGAUGUAUUUACGUGUGACUGUCUAUGUGUAAAUAUAACAGCUGCCACCCUCAUAGGUGGGAUACAUGGCAAGCAGGUCCUGUGGAGCAAUAUCUUGGCAGUCUCACACUAAGUGGUACCAGAAAAGGUCAGUUAGUCACAGAUACUGUAUGUAAAUAUAUGUAAAUAGCGUAGCGUUCGAUAAGUGGCUGUAUAUAAGUUCCCCAUUGGGCCCUAAUCCAGUCUGUGUGCUGUGUAAGACACUGAAUUUGUCAAUAGGGCAUCUGGGGCAUUCUCCAAUCUUUAAUUAGAUAUUCCUGAUGGCCUUUCAAAAAUCUACACAUAUGCCAUGUUCAUCUCUAGAGGAACCCAAAGCCUAACAACAGAAAGACCUCAUCCCAAGGCAUGGCUGCUGGUGUGUCAAAGACCAGUUAAAGUGCCAUGUUCCCAGGAAGCUGCUUGAAGGACUCUCAGGUGUAUUUCAUUGUUUUGUGCUCUAGUUAUGAUUUGAUGACUAUUCAUAGGGAGACAUCAUAAAAAAUACCAAACAGUAGGAAAAUAUAUGAGCACUUCAGGUAGAAAUUCUGCAUAUUAGGGAAGGAAGGAAGGUUUUUUUUUUCCCCUAACCGUUUCC